AUGGGUACCUUAGAUAAUGAUAUUUAUCGCCCAAAACAGCUUAGUGAUGAAGAAUGUUGGUCAUUACUGCGUCGGAUAUCCCUCUCAGGAAGGGAUGGGGAGGAAUUGGAAGAAUUUGAGAGUGUUGGCAAGAAAAUAGCUACUAAGUGUAGUGGCUUGCCUCUUGCUGCAAAUGUUUUGGGAAGACUUUUGCAAUUCAAAUAUAAUUUGCAAGAGUGGGAAGAUGUAGAGAAGAGUGAAAUAUGGCAAUUGGAAAAUGCGGACGUAGAUCUUUUUCCUCAUUUAGUUCUAAGCUACAAUGAUUUGUCCCCACCUCUUAAGCGUUGCUUUUCAUAUUGUGCCAUCUAUCCUAAAGAUCACAAAAUUCAAGCGGAUAGACUAAUAGAAGAGUGGAUGGCUUUAGGUUAUUUGGGAUCUGUUAGUGGAAAUGGUGAAGUGGAACACAAAGGGCGAUGGUACUUGAGCAAUUUAGCAAUGCGUUCAUUGUUUCAAGACAUUGAGAAAAGUGAGUCGGGGGAGCAGAUAGAAUGGUGUAAAAUGCAUGAUUUUGAUGCAUUUCUUAGGAAGAAUGAUAACAAAGAUGAUGCUGCUAAAAUGAGAAAGGAAAGUUGUCAAGUUUGUGAUCCUCUUUUAGUUUCUCAAGCUAAAGAGUACCGUAGCUUAUUUUUGGACAACAGAAGACAUGUUGGUCUUUGUGAUUGCAUAUCAAGUGUUAGGGUGUUCAGACUGGAAACGAGACAAGGAAUGGAAAAGUUGAUUCACGUCAGACGGUUGGAAUUGAGUGGUAAUAAGUUGAAGGAUGAAGACCUCAAAAUUAUAUGCAGGCUUUAUUUCUUACAAACUCUAUUGUUAUCAAGAUGCUCCUUAAGAAAUAUUCCUGGAGAUUUGGUACGCUUGAGAAACCUUGACUUAAGUUCGAAUGGAUUCAUUGAUUUGUCAGAGAGUAUUUGUAGACUAGUUGAAUUGCAAACCUUGUAUAUCAUAUCCUGCGACAAGCUCUACAAAUUGCCAGAAGGGAUCCAUAUGCUUGAGAACCUCCAACACAUUUUUAUUGAUCGUGAUCGUGAUCGUGCAAGUCAAGGUCGGUUGGUUCAAGGAGUAGCUCAGUUAAGUGGUCUCCGCACUUUUGGUUAUCUAAGUUCUUUCGGGAUUGAGAACUUGUUCAGAUUAGCAAGGGAUGCUAACAAGUUUGAACUGUUGAAAAACUUAAACCUUCUUACUGCAACUCUAGGAUUGGAAAUUUUCUGCGACACCAUACCCGAUGUGGAAGAGUUGGCUAGGACCGCAGGAGAAGCAGAACUAAGGAAGAAGAUACACGUUCACUCACUGCGUAUAAUAUUUCUCUCUGAGCGUCAAUGGGGAUAUCAUUCUGGCCAGGAGGAGAAUUCCAGGCUCUCGCUGGAGUUGAUAGAAGCUUUGCAGCCCCAUCAGAUGUAG